AUGAACGCCCCGCAGUUCGACGAGCCGGAGAGUCAACAGCCUGCGACUCAGGUGGCGACUCAGCUCGAGUCCUCACCAGCAACUGCAGCCGCCCCACCACCCUCCACGCAAACCUACGCCUGCCUUCAGCCAUGUAACCAGUCCAAGAAGGUCACGAGGAUAGAGCUUGUGAAGCCCAAGAAGACGUACACUGUCGGUCGCAGCCCGAGGUCGGAUAUUCACUUUACGGGGAUGAAGAUCAGUUUCAACCACUGCACCAUUAUCUGGAACGGACGCGAAGACAGCCAGGCGCUCGUUUCGGUUCAGGACAGCUCGACGAAUGGUACCUGGAUCAACAGCGUCCGUUUGGAGAAGGGCCAUACCCGUGUCUUGCGCGACGGAAACGAGAUCGCGUUCGGCGCGCCAAACCCCGAGAAGGAGUCCUCGGACGACUACCGCUUCAUCUUCCGCAUGUUCACCGGCCAAGCCGCCACAGGCCUCAACGCGCACUAUGACCUCACCUACGAGCUCGGCCACGGCUCGUUCGCUACGGUUAUGAAAGCGCUGCAUCGCGCGACGGGCGAGUGGUACGCUGUCAAGAUCAUCCAUGGAAGCAAGAUCCGCGGCGACGACGGCGCCAAGCUGCAGGCGUUCAUGCGCGAAAUCAUGAUCUUGGAGAGUCUGCAGCAUGACAACAUCUGUCGCAUGAAGGAACGGUUCUUCGAUGAUGGAGACGAGAACAUCUAUCUUGUGCUGGAGCUGGUGGAGGGUGGCGACCUCUUGGAUUACAUUCAGGCCUGCGAUGGUCUAUCGGAGGAGAAGACUAUUGACAUCACACGGCAGGUCUGCAACGCUAUGGCGUACAUCCACUCAAAGGGCAUCACGCACCGCGACCUCAAGCCCGAGAACAUCCUCCUCUCAUCCGACAAGAAGACGGCGAAGGUCGCGGACUUCGGUCUGGCCAAGAUCGUCGACCAGUUGACCAUGCUGCGUACGAUGUGCGGCACACCAAGCUACCUCGCGCCCGAGGUCGUCAACCCCAUCGGUGGCGAGGGCUACGAUCACCUCGUUGACAGCUGGAGCGUCGGCGUCAUCGUAUUCAGCAUGCUCACGAACUGCACGCCCUUCCUCGAAGACGAAGCGCUCCCCAUGGCCCAGCGCAUCGCAACGCGCGUCAUCGAGUGGGGCUGCCUCAACGGACAAGGCAAGCGUCCUCCGUGCUCGCAGGAAGCUCGCCGCUUCAUCGAGCGCCUCCUCGACCCGAACCCCUCGACCCGCAUGUCCCUGACCGAAGCCCUGAACCACUCCUGGCUCACAGGGAUCCCUUCCUCCUCCCAAGACUCCUACUCCCAAGAAUCCGUCUCGCACGCGCUCGAACUCGCCUCCGACGUCUCAAUGCUCACUUCAUUCCCCUCCGAAGCCUCGCAGUCCUCGCAGCCGUUCACGCCGAUGCCGUCGCAGCGUCUAGCGCGCCGUGCAGAUGUUAACGCGAAAGCGGCGGAGGAGCAGGAGAUGGCGCGGCAGGCUGCUGAGCUCGAGAAGGCGAAGGCCGCAGGAGCUGAACCGGGCGUCGGCGAGAAACGUUCCCGCGAAGAUACUGGUAACGGCUAUUCCAACGGCAAUGCGGCACCAUCGAGCGACGCACCGAUGGAAGACGACGAAGGCCCGCUCCGUGACGUUCGCUCCCCGGCGAAACGCGGGCGUAUGGACGUCGAUGGGGAAAGCGGGGGCCCUGGUAAUACGCGCAAGAUCCGCGGUGGCGGUGGCGGUGGCGCUGCGCCCAACUCGCGUACGACGCGUGCGAAUGCCGCUCAGGUUGCUCAGGCUGGGGUGGUGGCGGGCGCUGAGGCGGAGCCGAGGAGGUCGCCGAGGGUUACUACGAAGGCUGGGGCAGGGCGGCGUUAG